AAACACUAUAGGGGGAGAAGUGACAUCAAGAAAUACAAUUACACACAAAAAACCCAGAGAGAAGUAAUAGGAAGAAGGGGAAAAAAUAAUGAAAACAAACCUGGACUCUGGUGAUGAUGAUGAUGAUGACGAUCGGACUGCAGGACGGAGGCAGAAGCUCAGAGGAUCUAGCAGAGUUAAGGAGGACAGUGGCCACAGCUUGAUUACAAUUCGCUGGUGCUGAUGAUGUCAUGGCUGUUCAUUUUAACAGAUUCUCUCCCCCUGAAGGCAAGUCGGAUCUGAGGUGCCAAAGUACAGGUGAUGCUGACGAGGACCUGGCGAGCUCCUGCAGCCCAGAUGAACUGAGUGACCACACUGACGCAAGCCCCUCCCCCCUUAGCCAUUCCAAUUACCACGGCAACAGCGAUGGCCUAGACAGCGAUACUGGAGACCGCAGUUUCAGUGACGAAGACGAGCAGGACAUCAGCGAGAGGGUGGAACGACGCAGCCCACUCGGGAAGCUGGGCAAGGAUCCAGACGGCAGAGUGAAUCUGGAGGAGUAUCUGAACCGUAGCGAUACAGCAGUUAUCUAUCCUGAGCCAGUUGAUGACAUUGACAAUGACAGUAAUGGUGGUACUGACUGUGAAGAUGGCAAGCCAGUAGACUGCCCCUAUUGUGAUCGCUCCUACAAACGUAUCACAUCUCUUAAAGAGCACAUCAAGUACCGCCACGAGAAGACCAUCAGCAACUUCUCCUGUCCUGAGUGCAACUACUGUUUUGCAUACAAGUCGCAACUUGAGCGGCACAUGGCCACGCACAUGCCAGGCCGCAACCAGAUCUGUGACAUUUGCAACAAAGCCUUUGUGAACAUCUACCGGCUCCAGCGCCACAUGUUGACCCACUCGUCCGGCAAUCGUAAGUUCAAGUGUGGGGAGUGCGGCAAAGCCUUCAAGUACAAGCACCAUCUGAAGGAGCACCUGCGCAUCCACAGCGGAGAAAAACCUUACGAGUGCCCUAUCUGCAGGAAGCGGUUCUCGCAUUCUGGUUCCUACAGCUCCCACAUCAGCAGCAAGAAGUGCUCUCCUCUGAAGGAGAACCCUGUCAUUGUCUCUCACAUGCCGGCUCCUGUCAAAGUGAUCAACGGGAGCUUAUCUCCCACACCCCAGCAGCCAGUGACAAACAAGAUGACUGAAAUGGAUGAGAGCCCUGAAUCUGCACCACUUGACAAGAUGCCUUCUUACAUGACCCAGCUGCACAUAAAGAUCCCCGGCUCAGAUAGCAUGAAGGAGGCUGAGAAGUCAGAUGACUCCAGCUCAGAGCAACAGACAACUCCACCUAACGAAGCAGUCAAGAAAGUUCUGCAAAUUGUCGAUGCAACGGUCAGUAAGUUAAAGAUGCAAGGGCAGAACACUGACAUUUCCAAACUGACUAAAGUGUCUAAAGCAGCUGCUGCUGCUCCUGCCCCAGCUCCAGUGCAAGUGAAGGCUCCUCUCUCUGCACCUCUACCUGCCCAACCCACCCCUCUUGUGACCCCAACGGCACCUCUCCCUUCUCCUCCAGCCCCCCCUUCACCUACUCGGCAAUCACAACAAAUACUAAGCCCAACCCCAUCAACAUCCUCAACACUAAGCUCCCCAAUGCUUCCAACACCUGAAAAAGUGGUCCUGCCAGAGAUUUCUAAGGAAAGGCUGAGUACCACCAACCCUGUGCUGUUUCCUGUGAAUGGGGCCAAACCGAACAAAACCUACAACAUUGUUGAUUACACCCUCCGUAAAGUCCAUGAGGCCCAGGCGAUUGCAAAGUGUUUGGAGUCACAGCGGGGAUAUGGAUGCAUGCCUUACCUUGACAACAAAGGUACAGGCUGCAAGUACUGUGGCAAGGAAUUCGAAAGUCCUAUUGAACUCCAUCAGCAUGAGAGGUACUUGUGUGACUUAAAUGAGGAUGUGCAGAAGGUCAAAGGGUACAAUAACUCAAACCUGGCCAAAUAUUAUGAGUACCAGCGAGAGGUUCUUGCCAGUAUGGAUCGUGCACGGGAACGCAGACCCUCCACAGACUCUGAAAUGAAUGACACCAUUAGCAAUACCAUGAGUGAGACUGAAAGUCUUGCCUCCCCCCUCACAUCAGUCCAUAGCCCCAAGGAGUGCAAUGGUAAUCUCCCCUCCCAUUCCCAUGAAAAUGACAACUCAAAAACUAGCGAAAUCUAUCAUAAUGAUUUCAACAGGAUAUCUGAGGCCCAGGAGCAUGCGUUGCGGGCUUUUUAUGCCAUGCAAGCCCAGCCAUCAGUAGAUGGACUUGAGAAAAUCUCCUUAGCACUGAAUCUGAAGGCCUCUGUAGUUGAGGCAUGGUUUCAACGGACACGCAAGCUGGAAGAGGAAGGCUGCGAUCCAUCUCUAAAGAGCUUGGGCCUUAUGAAGAAAAACUGCAUCAAUAACAACCUGUUACGUACUCAGUCACCAGGGAAGCUGAUGAAUGGUCAUACUGAUCACAGUGAGACAGCCUCUGAUGGCAGUCGCUCAAGGGUGGCAACACCUGAGAGGAGGUACAGUCCCAGAGCUGCCUCCACCCCACGGAGCACAGGAACAGUUGAGUCGCACCCCAGCGACAGGCUAGAGCAGCUGGAGUUGUCCCAGAGGCAAAACAGCCUCAAAAACCUCAGUCUGAGAGAUCGGGAGGAACGUUCUAACUGUAAUUCUCCAUCUACCAUGUCUUCCAGGCCCUCACCCAGACAGGCAUUCGAUGAGGCCCCACUCGAUCUCUCCAUGCCCAAGCACACCUGUCGAAACCUCUCGCUGUCUUCCAUGUCCCCCAAGCUAGUGUACGGCUACAAUUAUCCCCCUCUCUACACAACUGCAGGCAGCUACAUUUUCCAGUCCUACAAUCCAGAUGGCUCACGGGCAAAUCUCUGCUUGGAGAAUACGCUCAAAGCCCAUUCCCACUGUCCAAAUGGCAACGUGGUAUUGAAGAGACCUUACACUGAGCCUUACUUUGCUUAUGUACCAAUGCCAAAUGGUUAUCCACCCAAAAGGAUGAAGUAUCCAGAAGGAAUGGAGUUUGUCAAUGGCAUCUCCUACCCUACAAGUCCCCUUACAGAGGCAUACGCAUCAGCACUGAUGAAGGGCAGCUAUCCUCCAAUAACCCCACUGCAGGUAGAGACAGCGCAGCCUCCUACAUUUCGGCAUCACAUUGUUAACAGUAAUGGAAUCCACAGUAAUGGCAUCAAUGAUCUGGCAAUGACAGUUGAGGAUUCUCUUGGGGAGCUCUCUCCAAACCGAGACCGCAGGAGACGGGACCGCCCUCUUCGGACAUCAGCCGGACUCUACUCUUGUACCCAGUGCCCUAAGACGUUCCAGAAGCACAGCUCCUUGCUCAGACAUGUGUAUGAGCACUCAGGUGAGCCAAAAAGUAAACGCCCCCAUGAGUGCAAGGAGUGUGGCAAAGCGUUCAAGCACAAGCACCACCUGAUGGAGCACACUCGCCUGCAUAGUGGUGAGAAGCCCUACCAGUGCGACAAGUGCCUUAAGAAGUUCUCCCACUCAGGCUCCUACAGCCAGCACAUGAACCACCGCUACAGCUACUGCCGCAAGGAGGACAACCUGAGCCGGGGCGUGGGCAAGGGGGCCAUGGAGGAGGAGGAAGAUGUGAUGGAGACCGGGGAUUUGGACAGGUGUAGCAACAAGCAGAAUGGGAUUGGGUACAAGGAUGAGUUCACCCCGGCUUCGCCUCUUCAUUAAGUGGCUCAGGACACCAACCGCAGGAAAGCACAGGAGGGACAGAUAGCAGUCUAAAGCCAGAGUGACAUCCACUGUCAGUAUUCUAAUGGUCAGCUAUGAGUUUUGAUAAUGCAUUUACGUGUAUACCAUAUGAUGGUAUUAAAAUACAACUUAUACAUUUUUGGUCCUAUGUAAACAAUGUUGAUUUGGUUGCACAUUCUGUAAUGUGGGCUAGAAGUAGAUUUUUUUGGUAACAUUUCCAGAGCUUUGCAUUCCCUGUACACAUUCAAGCCUUGAACUAGAAAUUAUUGCGUAUAAGCUCAAUGCCUGUAAUACAAUGUGGCAAAGCACACAACACUGUUGUAUUGUUAAUUUUAAGAAGUGAAUGUCUUCUCCCAUUUCUAUCACUGCCUCUGAGAUCAUUGCAAACAUGACUUUAGGCAACAGAAAUCAAGAUGUGACAAUGAUGUAUUUGUUAGCAGGAGCUUGAUUUUUUUCGUUGGACUGACCACACAAUUUGCCGUCUGCAAACCCUGAAUCAGAGAGGUUUAUUUAGAGUAAGCCUUUGAUGUUGGCGCAGGGAAAAUAGUGUAUAAAGAUACCAACUAAAAAUGGAGGCCGCCUUUUCUUGCCCAGAGAAUGGGUGCAGAGUCAAACAGUAAAUUUGUGAACAAAAGUGUGCUACAAUAUAGUUUGUGUGCUAUGUGAGAUGGGAGGACAAUAUAGUGCUGCUUUGUGUUGGACUGGAUGUAGAGGCCAACAAAGCCACACUCCUUAAUUGAAUUCUUAAAUUAAUAAUAGAACAGACUAUUCACAGCUUCUUUCUCGUGCUCUUCUGUAACAAAAUCACUGAAUGUUUGGAAAUGUCUUUGAAAAAGGAGCAAAGCCUUUUUGUACUUACUGCAAUUAGUUGAAGUCCACAGUUGGAGACAAUUUUUUACUACCUGCAAGAACAAAAGGGAACUGUUUGUGAGACAGCAGAAAAGUUUCUGAAGUGUCAUGCAUGUGCACAAAGCUAGAGAACAAAUUCCUAAAAAUAACACUCGCUGGUAGAACUGUCCAUUCCCAAAUCCACUCUUGACAUUUGAUCCCUACAUGCAACGGAUGGGGAUAAUCAUUCAGUUUCCUGGCAUAGGAUCAGGGAUGAAACCUUCAAUCAGUCUUUGUCACGAGAUGCCAGUUCAAGAAAGCAGCCCCCCUUGUGUGAAGGGGAAGAGGGUACCAGAUAUGGGUGCAUGGGUUGCAUUAGCAAGGUGGCACACAACGCUAUUCACCCUUCCUGUGAAAAGAAUUGUAUGAAUAAGCACUGACACAGUCAAUACAGAGAGACACAUUCUCCAGGACUGUGAAGUGGGGGUAGACACAACACAACUGUUUUACUGCUGAUUGAAUGUGAAAAGCACGCCAACCAUGUCAGAAGUUGAGAAAGUACAUACAUUGUAUAUGUGUUGAACAAGUGAAAUUGUGCCAACCUCCUGUUUUUUGGACAGUUCUGGAUAUAAGAUCAUGUCUUGAAGAUUGCUGGCACCCAACCAAAAGUAAGUGGUCUCUACGGUGUCAUACAAUUUUAGCUCGCUUUAACCAUAGAUAUAAUACCUAAGGGGAUGAUCCAUGAAACUUGAGGAACACAUGAUGAUGACAGGUUAUUUUUUGUCUGCAUUUAGCAGGUGUUUAUUAUAGGAAGCUGAAAAGGAUAUGGCACUUCCCUCUCCCAAUCAAGUUGGUUAAAGUAUUGCUUCCCCAAAGUGCAGCCGUGCAGCCAUACGAUCCAUGCACUUUGGGGGCUUACCUCUGUCAAACAUAAACUGAGUAACUGACAAUGGAUGAAACGAGACAAGCACUUUCCUUUCAUUGAAAAACAACAUGGUACAUGUGUAUGGGUUGUUGGGAAAAACAAGCAACAACUGUAAAAAAAAUUGAUUUUAUAACGUUCUUGAUUGGAAGCAAAAGGUAUUUAAAUAAUUAGCAGACACUUGCCAGCUGACCCAAAAGGCUUGAAAGAAAACUACUGUAUGUUAUUGCUUGGAAUACGAUGUUGGUCAGGGCACGGUAGCAAAAGAGGGUGUUAGGAGAAGUUGUAUAUAUAUGCUACAUGCAGGAGCCCCCCCAAUCCCUGGUAGUCACUGUCUUGCUUACACAUAUUUCCUGAUGUCAAUUACUAGCCUCCUGCCUUGGGCAGCUCUCAGGAUCCUCUGUAGGCUCUGGGUCUUCCAGUAUCACAGGGAAUGAGGGGGAAAUUGCAUGCACAUUAGCACUUCCACUGGGGCCCUUGGGAUAGGAAACAGGGGACGUGUCUGGUUUGAUUUGCCUGUUCUACAUCCAUCCUUUUGACCUUGGAAUGAUUAACUGACAAGGGAAUGAUUUUGACACUUUCAGGGAACUCUAGACAAAGACCACAUGUACCUUGAGUGCAAAGUGCAAGUGACUUUUUGGCACCACCAUAAAUGAGAUUGGAAAAGUUUAUACUUGUAUUAGGGUAUGCAGAUUUUAAAGUCCAUUUAAGCACUUGUCGCCGGAUAAUGUGUAAACACACAUAAUUUUCCUUAUUCGUUCCACGGAGGAUGUGCACACUCGUUAAAGAAUUGUUUUUUUUCAUUUCUACGGUUAAUGUAAUUAACGCAUUGUGCUUGGUUGGUCAAAGUGCAGUUGCAAGGUUGAAGAAUGUGCAGGUAAAAAAAUGCCCCCAGCAGCUUUUUCGGGUUGGAAAAUCCGACUUUAAGUGGGUAAUAAGGGUAAAAUGCAUGUUUCAGCUGAACUGUCUAUUUGUGACAGGUUCGUAGCUGUGCAGAUAAAAAUCUUUGCAAGAUAAACUUCACUGCUGUUAUGAGAAUAAAUCUGAAACAGUUCAACAUUUUUAAGGAUUUUUAUGUCUAGAAACACUAGAUUUGUACCUUGAUCAAAAUAUUUUUCUGUUCAACAGUUUUUGAACAAUGAUCACUUAGAACAAGUUUAUGUAAGAGUUAUUUAAUUUGUUACACUGUUUAAGUUAAAAAGCAGAGUAUUUUUGAACUGAAAUUCUACAGCAAUUCAUUUAUCAGGGUUGCGAGACACAGUGCGCUACUGAGUACUGGCAAGGUUAUUUCGGUGCUCUACAUUAUAAGUAUUUUUGACAAACUAUAGCCAUGUGUAACAAUUAGAUAACACAUUAGCUUGGCUCUUACAUGUAUGUUACUGGCUGUAAUGCUUUACAUUUGUCAAGUAUGAACAGUAUUUGUGAUGCAAACUUGUGUUGCAGUGCGCAAUGCCCUCUAUUAAAAUUGUAUCAUUAGUAAAUAUUCAUCUAGUUUUAGAUAAUGUACAUGUAUACAUGUAGAUGAGGACGAACCAGGGAGUUUCAUCUGUUAAAUAGAGCCACCCAGUUAACAACAUUUUGGGGGACAAAUUUUGUAACUCCUCGCACAAAUGGUCUGUACCUUGCAAAGCAUUAGAUUGAACUAUCAUGGCUCUCUUGAAAGAUUUUUAACAGAACUUUGUACACUGUGUAUACAAAGGAACAAUGAAUGAAAUUACUUCAGUUGUAAGAAACUCAUCUUUCGGCAAAAGGACUUAUUGUACUGGGUUUUAAGACUGCAUCAAUUUAGAUCUUCCAAACUUUGAACAAGUACUAAAUAAUGGGAAGGACUGUAAUUUAAGUUUUCCUUAGAAAACAAAAUGUAAAAAUGUACAUCUGUAUUUUGAAAUUGUUAGAUUUGAUCAUAACCUUCCACCAGCAUGUUUAUAAGUGUAUAUUUUUCACCAAGGUUGUUUGUGAUUUAAAAGACAUGAAGAUCAUUGGAAAUGAAGAUUUUCUUCCUUUGUAUGCAAGUUUAUUCCAUCAGACAUUAAGAACAAAGUCCCUCAGUAAUAUGUGGAACAAAAAGAUGUUGAUAUACUUUGUAAGAUUACUUCAGCUGCUGUAAAAUAUGCCUGUAGGUCAGCUUGGAAUGAAUCCCCAUUGGAUUUUUUUUAAUUCUUAUUUGUGUCAUCAAAGUGACCACUGUCUUUCUGUUAUGCAGCCAUGAAACCAGAUUUAGUCCACAGCUUCUGUUCCUAAAAUAAGUCUCUGAAGCUUGGUGUGUAACUGCAUAGGUAUUACAGUAAUGUGGCUCAUAUGAAAAGAUUUAUGUCAGUUGUUGCAUUGUACUUAAUGGAAAGUAGUUUCAUAGUUAGCUGGGUGUGCUAUACAGCCAACACGUCACAUUUUAUUCAAUUUGUAGAACUAGAAAAUGGCUACAGGGCGUGUACGUGUAGUUAGUCUGUGAGACAAUAGAAUGUGGCACCCUCUUGUCACCUGUACACAUGCAGAAGACUGAAAAAUAUUCAAAUUAAUUCAAACUAUUAUUUGUAUGACAGUAUGUGUGCUAUAAACCAUGGACAGUAUUGGAAAACAUUCAGAUUAUCUGAUCAUAAUUACAAAUGUUCAGUUAAAUGUGAACUUGCUUGUAGUGAAUCCCCAAAAUAUUCAGUUGUUUUGUCAACAACUGCUGCACCGCGAUGUGUGCUUAUCAACUCAACAGUAUUGUGCAUGUACAUGUGAGCUUGAUGCAGGUGGACGGAGUAAUGGUUUAUAAGACUAUCCUGGAAAAUACUAAUGUUGACAAAUCUUGCCAUCAACACAAACACGCACCAUCUUGGCAUUAUCUCAAAAUGCGUUUAUUUAUUUGAGUUUCGGUGUGCUAUGAAGUUCAUACUGCUACAAUUCAGGUUUACUUUAUAAAAGAGCCAUCAAAAGGAACAAAACUGUGCAUGCUUAUUAACCUUUGACCUGUAAUUUAUUGUAACCAGUGGGGUUUUAAAAUGGCCCUAGAAAAUGUAUGUAUUUAUUCCUUGUAACUGUACUAUUUAUUUCAAAAGCCGUGGUAGCUACCACUGUGCUUCAUAUAGAGGAGCUUAAGACUGGCUACUCUAAGGUAAUAAGAAUAAUUCUGUAUUUAUGUACUCUUAUCUUUUUUGUCUUCUUGAUUUGAUGCAAUAAAAGUUUCAAGAUGAAAGACCUACAACUGAAGGUGA